CCACACUAUUUCUCUACCACACUCCAUCUAUAAAAGCCCUUCCAGCCUCUUGCACUCCCUUCUCAGCCGCAGCUCCAGUUGCUUGCAAGUUACAAGGCGUUCAGAGGGGGCAACCAAACACACAGACAGACAUGGGAUCCUUGGGCCCUGCCGUGAACGUGAGCAUGGCCAAGGCCAGCGGCGGCACGGCGGCCGUCGGCGGCCAGCAGCAGCAGCAGGAGCGCGGCACGUUCAGCUGCGGCUUCCGGAUGCCGCUGCACUACCCGCGGUACAGGAAGGCGGACUACGAGGCGAUGCCGGAGUGGCGCGUCGACUGCCUGCUCCGGGAGUACGGCCUCCCCGUCGCCGGCGACGUCGAGGACAAGAGGAGGUUCGCCAUGGGCGCCUUCCUCUGGCCCAGCCAGUACUGAUUCGCCUUCUUACGUCUUGCCACUCGGAGCAGAGGCCGGUCAGCAAGCUAGCGCCGAGCAGAGACUGAUCAGCAAUGGCAGCAGAAAGAUCACGUACGUCCCCAUGUAUGAAGAUGGCGAUAUAUAUUCUUAUCUACUCCCUCCGUAAAAAAGUGAUCUAAACGCUUUUAUAUUUCUUACAGAGGGAGUAUAAUCUAAUUGUAUCUCCAAUUCUCCAUAGAGAAUAUAUAUCAUGCUUCUUGAAGUAUAUGCAUGUAAGCAGUGGAAGAAGGUGUUGUUUCUGAAAUUCAUACGAGUAAUUUAGUGUUUCCUA